AUGGUUAAGCUUCUGGAAACCUCGAUCAACUCCAACUUCGAUACGGUCGAGAUCAAGUUUCGCAAUGCUGAUUCGGCAAGCAUGGAGAUUCGCAUCAGUGCUAUCCUGGCGAAGCCCAUCUACAUCCUUAAUGGGACUCAAUGGUACUCGGACGACGCUUAUCAUUUGAGAAAUUUGAAUGCAUUUGUAUGCGACGACGGCUCCCCGGUCCUUGGUUCAAGUCCUUCUGGGAUAGAAAAGAAUUUCCACAUCAUCCUCCAAGAUGAUAUAGAUGUCCCUUCGAUCAGCUUCCUGGCAACACUGCUAGAUGCUGGGCUAAGUAUCUGA